CAUCUGGAAAUAGCCCGACAUUACCAUCAUUUGAAUUUCAAUCAUCUGCAAUGGAUAUCUCUUCCACUACAUCUGGAAAUAGCCCGACAUUACCAUCAUUUGAAUUUCCAUCAUCUGCAAUGGAUAUUUCUUUCACUGCAUCUGGAAAUAGCCCAACAUUACCAUCAU